AUGGCGGCAAACCACAAGCUCGUCUCAUCACUGCAUAGGAACGGUGGCGACGGGCAAGAGGACGAUGACGACGACGAUGGUGAGGAUGUCGACGACCUGGGUGCCGAUGUCGAUUCGGAGAAGGGCGCGGCUAAAAAGCUUAAUGGAAUGGAUGUCAACGGGCGAGACGUGAGCACGGGCAACGGCAGUGAUGCGCAGGCGAGUGACUCUCGGCGGGACACUGGUUCAGGCAUCUGGGGAUCCUGGCGACAGGGAGCAACCAACGGAAGCGAGGCUGGGCAGCGAGAAGGCGGGCCUUUGAGCGGAUACCAGCCCGCGGGGACACGAGGCCGCAACAUGAAGGUGCUCAAGCCGCUCAAGUCGAACUCAUCGUCGGCUCGUACGGGUGCAUCCGGUGAGCAGCGGCGUAAGAGUCAGCAGGGACCCUCGAUAUUGACGGGAUCGGGCGACACGGGUGGAAGCGGCAUCGGCAGCUCGGGCGGCAGCACGAUUCGUUGGGAGACGAAACGAGCGGCCAGCAUUGCGAGCUCAGGCGAUGCCAAGUCGCCGGUAACACCGCUUGCUCAACCUGGACAGCAGUCACGGGAUGCGCGGGGAUCCCAAACCCUUCCGCGGUCGGCGAACCCUAUCGGAGGAGCAUCGGCGUUCUCGUGGAUGAAGAAGCCCGGCACCGAGUAG